AUGGACUUUGCCGCGUUUUCAAACCUCUACGGCCUCAAUUCGAUCUACAUCGGCUUCGGCGUCGUCGUCCUUCUGAAUCUGCCGCUCGUCGUCUAUCUGAGCCAUCACGUGAAUCAAAGGAAGAAGGAGAUCAUAUUGAUAAUGGCGCUCUCAAUAAGCGAUCUGCUCAGCGGAGCGCAAUUCCUGCUGAUGGGCCUCGUUCGAUAUUUCUUCUAUUCACCCGAAGCUAUAGUAAUGGUCCCAAAAUUCAUUUGCGCCACUUCAUUCAUCUCCUCUUCCUAUAUCAUUCUAUUGCAGAUGGACAACUUGUUUUCCCUUAUAAUUGCACUUGAUCGUCUGUUUGCGAUUUUGCUUCCCGUCAAAUAUCAGCAGCUGGAAAUCAAAUCGACGAUUUUCCUCAUUAUACUGCCUUUUUUGGGCAGUUUGAUCGGCUGGAUGUUUCACGCCAUUUUGGUGCUUCACCAGCCGCCAACAUGGAUCAGCGAUAUUUGUUUUAACAAGGAGAAAAUUGGUGUAAAACUGAGUAAAGGGAUGCGGAAUCUCACGAGAACUGUUGCUUAUACCACGUUGGCUUCGGUAUUUCUUGUGCUAAUCCCCGAAAUUUGCUACUCAUUUUUCGAAAUGAGUAAGAAAACGCGAAUGUCGAAAUUUGUGAAAAAUGUCCGAUUUGGGCCACGUCGACCAAUCGGCACAAUUUUCACGAUUCCGAUCCCAAAUAAUCCGCGCAAUUCGCAAUAA